GUUCAAAUAAUUAUUGUUUCAGUCCAAAUUAGACUUCAUGGUACACAUCAUUAGUCACAGAUGAGUUAUUAUUAACAUUUAAUCAGGGAAGAAAAAAUAAUAAAACAAUGCUGAUGUCAUCACCUUAUCAUCGUUCAUCAUCUCCAUAUAUAUAAAUAAAAUAUAAUCCAUGUAUCUUUUGUUUUCUUUCUAAGAUACAAAUAGAGACAAUAUAAUAUAUUCUCUCAUUGUUAGUUUAAUUUGAUGACAAGCAUGAAAUUGAAAACUUCAUUUACUUCUAAGAAAAGCAAUUAAAAUUUUCUAAGGCACAUAUAUAAAUAUAAGAACGUAUAUUAAUACAUAAUAUACUUGCGCUCCCUUAGCUUCUUCACAAAUUGGUAGCCAAUUAAGCUAUUUUCGGAGAAAACAGCAAUGAAGAUCAUCAAGAAGUUUUUCGCAUGCACCGUGACCCAAAUGGACGAUCCGAACCCGGAAACUCCGAACCUCCGAGAAGAAUACGCUAACGCAUUUCGGACCGAAUCUUAUAACGAUUUCUGGUCAAACGUUCUUGCCCUAAACAAAGGGGUUCUUACUACCCACAGAAGCCUCGGCUCGACCACCGCGGCUCGUCUCCCAUCCUAUCGGCUCUUUGCCGAGCAUCUCUUGGAUCCGGAUCAGUCGACGGUAGCACGGAUCUUGGGUUUGACCCGAACCCAUCCGAAGAUUUCUUCCCUCAUGACCGAUUACUUUACCAACACGUCGGAUGCUUCUCAUUUAUGUGGGUUACUUCUCAAAGAUAUCGACCGCAUGAGGAGACGGUACAAAUCCGUUAAAGACCCGUCUCAAAACGGGUCGGGUCAAGAAACAAACCAUUUGCCCAUUGUACUGACCCGAAUGACCAUAUUCUCAAGGUCCAACCCGUUUUGCCCGUUGGCCCCAUCCAUGAGCCGUUUCCAAGCCGUGCAGAGCAGCUCAUCCAGCUUGCUCAAGAAGCUCGAGCUGCGCCGCGACAAGACACAUGCCAAAAUGCGCCGGCUCAAGAAGCUCAAGUUCGGCUCGGCUGUGUUCCUCGUGGCUCUAACGGCUUCCCUGCUGGUGAUUGUUGCGGCUCACGCCCUUGUAUUGCUGGUGGCUGCGCCGGGUGUGAUGACGGCUUCACUCGAGCUGAUUUCAAUAGAGAAGCUGGCUAGGUGGUCGGCUCAGCUCGACGCGGCGGCUAAAGGGACGUACAUACUGAUCAGAGACUUGGACACCAUAAGUCGUCUGGUGACUCGGCUAAACAACGAGCUGGAACAUGUUGAAGCUCUGAUGAAGCUGUGGCUAGAGAGAGGGGAUGAUCGGCUCCAAGCCAGUGAAGAAGUGGCUUGCCAGCUGAAGAAAAAUGACCAGAGCUUCGUUGAACAGCUUGAUGAGCUGGAAGAGCAUUUAUACCUAUGUUUUAUGACCAUCAAUAGAGCUAGAAACCUUGUCACUAAAGAAAUUAUAGUUCUCCCUCCUUGAAAUUAUUCAACACAAAUAUA